AUGCCCGAGAUCCCCCGCCACAGGGCGCAGGGAGGGGCUGGCAGCCGUUCCCUCCCCGCUGCACACCUGGGGCAGGCUCCGGCCGCCUGCAUCAGCCUCACGCCCCCGCUGCACUCCUGCUCCUCCCGCGGGUCACCCUCGCCCCAGCCCGCGACCCAGGGCUGGCUGGGCAGCGCUUGCUGCUGGGGCGCUCCCGUGGGAGGCGUUUUAGAGGGCAAAGUUCUUAAGUUAAAGGAUGCUGGAGACGCAAACAAGCCAUGUUUGCACGUCCUGGCCAUUGCCUUCGCCCUGGAGGUGUCGGUGGGGAAAACCAACACGGUGACAGCUCUGAAUAACUCCAAUGUCCUGCUGCCCUGCACCUUCGCCACCUGCAUAGGCUUCCAGGACCUGGUCUUCAAAUGGUAUUUCAACACGACAGAGCUGAUUUACCACGGCAAGAUAAAGGCCAAGACCACGGAGCCCACCCUGGUGUGGCACAACCCGCGGGUGGAGUUCGUGGGCUCCACCACCAAGAAGGACAACAACAUCUCCAUCGUGCUGAACGGCGUGGAGUUCAGCGAUGCUGGCAAGUACACCUGCUACGUCAAGAACCCCAAGGAGAGGAACGCCGAGCAGAACGCCACCAUCUUCCUCACCGUGGUGCACAAGAUGGUGGAGACGGACAACACUGUGACCGUCAUCAUCGUGAGCGUGGUGGGGGGGCUCAUCGGCCUCCUCAUCCUCUUCAUGCUCAUCAAGAGGGUGGUGCUGUUCAUCAUCAAGAAGAUGCAGGACGGGAAGAAGGAGUGUCUGGUGAGCUCGUCAGGGAACGACAACACCGAGAACGGCCUGGCCGGCUCCAAGGCGGAACAAAAAGCUCCACCAAAGGCAUGAACGGAGCGGCGGCGCCCCGCGCCCGCCUCGCCCCGCCGCGGCAGCCCGGGCACGGGACCGGCCUUCCCCUUUUGUUUUCUUUCCGAACUGCCAGCGCUUGAGACAUGUUUCUAUUACACACGUGCCUGCAACCUGCACUGCUUCUCCGACAGGGCUGCGGCUGCCGGGGGGACUGGGAGCUUCUCGCGGACUCGCACUGG